CUUCACGCUGACAGGAUUGCCUAACCUCACUUCCGACCUCCGAUCUGGUCCUUCGCUCCGGAGUCGUCGUUUGACGUUUAAAAAAUACACGGUCGAGGAUAGCCGCGGUUUGCGCGCUUCGACGUGCGGUUUUUUUACCUGUUACGUUUAUUGACAGAUGUGGGGUUUAUGCGGCGUUGAAUUUUAAGUUAUGUGCACGGGUUUUGUUCAAGUGAACACUCUGGAAUUUGGGAAAGUUGUUUUUGGAUGUUCUUCUGGAUAAUUUCCGCGUGAGCAGCCUAUUGAAAUCGGAUCCACAAUGCUGAUAUCAGAUAAAUUCUCCCUUCUAGUCAUCACGUACGUCUUGAAUUCAUACGUUUCAGCUUUCUCGACUACCAAAGAGCUGAAAGACAACCCGACAACAAAGUUCGUGGACAGUCAGACAAAAACAGCCGGCGGUCCCCAAAAACCUUACUUCGAUGACGUAGGUCCCAGAAACAUUACUGCGGUUGUUGGACAGUCGGCAAUCCUUAAUUGCCGUGUGAAGCACCCAGGUGACAGAACGAUCUCCUGGAUGCGGAAGCGGGAUCUCCAUAUAUUAACCUCCGGAAUCCACACGUACACAGGGGACGCACGGUUCGGGGUGCACCACCCCGAGCACAGCGACGAUUGGAAUUUGCAGGUGGAAUUCGUGCAGAAGAGGGACGCGGGGGUGUACGAGUGUCAGGUCAACACCGAGCCGAAAAUUAAUUAUGCCGUCUGGCUGCACGUCGAAGAUGCCCAGGCUACCAUAUCCGGUCCACCGGAGAUCUACGUCAAGAAGGGAAGUACCAUCUCCCUGACGUGUUCCAUAAAUAUUCAUUCGAACCCUCCAUCCUCGGUUCUCUGGUACCAUGGACAGUCGGUAAUUGACUUCGAUUCUCCAAGAGGUGGCAUAAGUCUGGAGACGGAGAAGACUGAAGCUGGCACAACUAGCAAGCUCUUAGUCACGAAGGCUUUACUGUCAGACUCUGGAAACUACACCUGCAUGCCGUCCAACGCAACGCCUGCUUCUACCGUAGUUCAUGUUCUGAAUGGUGAACAUCCAGCAGCUAUGCAGACCAGCAGCACCAGUCCAAUGAGAUGCUUGUCUUCAAUCGUUGCAUUCGCUCUAGCAGCCACAGCGUCCAUCAGAUGAUCAGGGAGCAUUUGUUAUUGAAGAGACUUCGCUCAAGGUGGACUUGAUAGUGUUAUACAAAAUGAAGUGUAAAUAUUUGUCUUUAAGUUGAGAACUUUACGGUGUCAAACCGGUUAUUGAAACACUUGAUGUCAGAGCCUAUGGAACGGUGAAAAUGAUAGAAAUCCAGCUUGAAAGAAGAAGGCAAUUUGAUAAGAAAGGUACUGGUCCAUCACAGAUUCCGGGGGUGGUAGACAUCUUCAGGCGAAUUUUGUUCUCCGAUAGAAUCUUAUGAGUCAAUGGUCCGUAAGGGCUCUCAGAAACAUUCAGACUCGGUUUGGUCUAUUGUUAAUGCUGUGCCUAGAGUGGCAUAUGACAACAUAACAAGCCCACACAAAAUUGUAACAGG